AAGCUGUUAUGCAGUUUCUCAUCAUCAUCUUAUUUCUUGCAUUCUUCGUAGCAGCUCAAACUCCCACAGCACAAGUAUCAACACCCACAUCAUGGACCAAUAAUAUAUCCCUACCAUCCGUCAGUUAUUCACGAAUAAUCCUCUCUGAUGGAAAUGCUAGUGCUGCAUUAUUUGAAAACAAAACGAUUUCUUCCGAAUCCAUGGUUAGGGGUUCUGUUUGUGCAUUUUACCCAGUUGAUUAUUUGAAGGAUGAUCAAUUUGACCCAGAUAGUGCUCGCUUCUUUCUUGUUGUUGCAUUGUUAGAAACAAGUGGAUAUAAUUUCUCUGAUUCGUCCAAUUAUGGUCUUUCCAACAUAUGGUCAGCAAAUAGAAAUAAACCCGUUCGUGAGAAUGCAACGUUACAGUUACUAGUUGAUGAAAAUUUGGAGCUAGGAGAUGCAGAUGGAAGUUUGGUUUGGUCUACCAAUACAUCUAACAAGUCUGUUGCAGGUAUGAAGAUGAUGGGCACUGGAAAUCUUGUCCUCCAUGAUACCAAUAACAAUAUUGUUUGGCAAUCUUUUGAUCAUCCAACAGACACAUUGGUUCCAGGCCAGAAAUUGGUGAGAGGGCAGAAGCUGGUGAGUAGUGUUUCAGAAUACAAUAUCUCAGAGGGAAAUUUCUAUCUUUCUGUGACCUCUCAUGGUCUGUUGGGUUUUUACCAAGCUAAUGUCCCACAGAUGUACCUUAAAUUUUUCGAUCAUGUUUGGAACCUGGAAAGCAUAGAACUAAAGUACAGUGGAUCUGAGGAUAUUGCGUUAUACGUCAAUGCACCUGAGUUUGGAGCGCUUGGUUCGCCUUGGCUUUCUGCAAGAGUCUCUGUUCGUAGUAGACUGGACUGUUCUUAAAAUUUGAAUCAAAUGGGCAUCUCAUUCUUCAUGACAGCAAUAUGACGGUGGUUGAUAAUAUGUUGACUAACCAUAUUCCGGAAUGCGAUUACCCAACAAUUUGCAACGAUUAUGAAUUCUGCUCAUAUGGAAUGUGCUUAUGUCCACCAGGACUUGAGGCGAACCCGAACUUGCUCAAGGCGAAUCCGAAUCC